GCAAGAAUGUGAUAGAGCCUCGACGGCCGCCAUUUUAUUUCUUUCUUAGCUGUUAGCUGAGAGCAGUUCUCUGUGGAAAAACGGCAGUGGCUACUGUAGUGUAGCCAUGGCAGACUAUUCAACAGUGCCUCCACCCUCUUCUGGCUCAGCUGGUGGUGGUGGUGGCGGCGGUGGUGGUGGAGGAGUAAACGAUGCUUUCAAAGAUGCGCUGCAGAGAGCCCGGCAGAUUGCAGCAAAAAUUGGAGGUGAUGCUGGGACAUCACUGAAUUCAAAUGACUAUGGUUACGGGGGACAAAAAAGACCUUUAGAAGAUGGAGAUCAACCAGAUGCUAAGAAAGUUGCUCCUCAAAAUGACUCCUUUGGAACACAGUUACCACCAAUGCAUCAGCAGCAAAGCAGGUCUGUAAUGACAGAAGAAUACAAAGUUCCAGAUGGAAUGGUUGGCUUUAUAAUUGGCAGAGGAGGUGAACAGAUCUCACGCAUACAACAGGAAUCUGGAUGCAAAAUACAGAUAGCUCCUGACAGUGGUGGCCUUCCAGAAAGGUCCUGUAUGUUAACUGGAACACCUGAAUCUGUCCAAUCAGCAAAACGGUUACUGGACCAGAUUGUUGAAAAAGGAAGACCAGCUCCUGGCUUCCAUCAUGGUGAUGGACCAGGAAACGCAGUUCAAGAAAUCAUGAUUCCAGCUAGCAAGGCAGGAUUAGUUAUUGGAAAGGGGGGAGAGACUAUUAAACAACUUCAGGAGCGGGCUGGAGUUAAAAUGGUUAUGAUUCAAGAUGGACCUCAGAACACUGGCGCUGAUAAACCUCUUAGGAUUACAGGAGACCCAUAUAAAGUUCAACAAGCCAAGGAAAUGGUGUUAGAGUUAAUUCGUGAUCAAGGUGGUUUCAGAGAAGUUCGAAAUGAGUAUGGGUCAAGAAUAGGAGGAAAUGAAGGGAUAGAUGUUCCCAUUCCAAGAUUUGCUGUUGGUAUUGUAAUAGGAAGAAACGGAGAAAUGAUAAAAAAAAUACAAAAUGAUGCUGGUGUUCGAAUUCAGUUUAAGCCAGAUGAUGGAACAACACCUGAUAGAAUAGCACAAAUAACAGGACCUCCAGACCGUUGCCAACAUGCUGCAGAAAUUAUUACAGACCUUCUUCGAAGUGUUCAGGCUGGUAAUCCCGGUGGACCUGGACCUGGUGGUCGAGGAAGAGGUAGAGGUCAAGGCAACUGGAACAUGGGACCACCUGGUGGACUACAGGAAUUUAAUUUCAUUGUGCCAACUGGGAAAACUGGAUUAAUAAUAGGAAAAGGAGGUGAAACCAUAAAAAGCAUAAGCCAACAGUCUGGUGCAAGAAUAGAACUUCAGAGAAAUCCUCCACCUAAUGCAGAUCCUAAUAUGAAGUUAUUUACAAUUCGUGGCACUCCACAGCAAAUAGACUAUGCUCGGCAACUUAUAGAAGAAAAGAUUGGUGGCCCAGUAAAUCCUUUAGGGCCACCUGUACCCCAUGGGCCCCAUGGGGUCCCAGGCCCCCAUGGGCCUCCUGGGCCUCCAGGGCCUGGAACUCCAAUGGGACCAUACAACCCUGCACCUUAUAAUCCAGGACCACCUGGCCCGGCUCCUCAUGGUCCUCCAGCCCCAUAUGCUCCCCAGGGGUGGGGAAAUGCAUAUCCACACUGGCAGCAGCAGGCUCCUCCUGAUCCAGCUAAAGCAGGAACGGAUCCAAAUUCAGCAGCUUGGGCUGCUUACUAUGCUCACUAUUAUCAACAGCAAGCACAGCCACCACCUGCAGCUCCUGCAGGUGCACCAACUACAACUCAAACUAAUGGACAAGGAGAUCAGCAGAAUCCAGCUCCAGCUGGACAGGUUGAUUAUACCAAGGCUUGGGAAGAGUACUACAAGAAAAUGGGUCAAGCAGUUCCUGCUCCUACUGGGGCUCCACCAGGUGGUCAGCCAGAUUAUAGUGCAGCCUGGGCUGAGUACUAUAGACAACAAGCAGCCUACUAUGCCCAGACAAGUCCCCAGGGAAUGCCACAGCAUCCUCCAGCACCUCAGGGCCAAUAAUAAGAAGUGGACAAUACAGUAUUUGCUUCAUUGUGUGGGGGAAAAAAACCUUUGUUAAAUAUAUGGAUGCAGACGACUUGAUGAAGAUCUUAAUUUUGUUUUUGGUUUAAAAUAGUGUUUUUUGGUUUUUUUUUUUUUUUGAAAAUGUACAAAAUAUCUAUCACUACUGAUAGGAGGUUAAUAUUUCUGUGUAGAAAUGAAAAUUGGUUUGUUUUUAGUAUUUAGUGUAGAUGUACACAUUCCAGCAAAUGUAUUUGCAACUAUUAUGUGGUCGAUGCUUUGUGAUAUAAAUGUACUUUUUCAAUGUAUACUUUCACUUUUAAAAUGCCUGUUUUGUGCUUUACAAUAAAUGAUAUGAAACCUCC